UGGCAGUGUAAGCCCAGAUAUCACUAUCCCAAUCUCACAUAUUUUGGAGGUAUGCAGAGUAAAAUUUCCAGAAUCCCAAGACAACCAAACCAUCAAUGAUGCAGAUUUGUUCUUCUGGGAUAUGUAUUCCCGGAGCAUCUGGAUGGCAUCAGGAUGCAGAAAACAUCUGUUUAUAUUUGAAAUUGAAAAAUAAUAGUACAGCCUGUUCUCUAAAAGCAUAGUUGUGUUACUUGGCUGCCCCUAGAAAUCACCUCUAUUCCCAAAUCUCAUUAAAGCAUACAAAGCAGGACAUUCUAUAUUUCUGCUUUCUUGUGAAUAUAAUAACAUAUUAGAUGCUGAAAGCUUGCCUGCAGAGAUGUGGUUUUAAUUCUGAAUUUGAGAUAGACGUGUAUGCUCUCAUUUAAAGACCAUUAAAAAAAGCAAGUGGGUGCCACAUUUCAGCUUUAAAUGUCUUGAUUGCUGCCUUAGAAUGAGAUAGUCAAUCAGUCAAUGAGGCUCAAGUGUUUUUAUCUAUCUGAUGAUAGGAUUCAACAUGCCUGCAUAUCUGCAACUUAAUUUGCACUGUACUUUGUAAGUUUGCCUGUGAUAGAGAAGAACUAUUCCUUGCCUCCUUAUAGGAAGAAGAUAAAUUGAUUGUAGGGUGUGUGUAUAUGUGUGUGUGUGUGUAUUGCUACUGCUUGUCAGCAUUGGAUAUUGAAAUCCAACCGAGGCAGAAUAAUAAGAGGACAGUAAUUUCAUCCCUCUUCUUCAUAUGUGGAUGCACCAUGUGCAACAAUAUUAAGCCAAUAGCUAGCUAAGGGAAGGUCAGCUAUUUUUGGCUGGUCACGCCAGCUAAGGAAAAUACUGUAAAGUUGUUUCAGGGAGUGUCCCAAAAUAGAAGUCUAUCUUCAUUUGUUAGGUUGCAGUUUAAUUGAACACAAAUCUAAGCCAUAGCAUAAGCAACAUAAUUCUUAACUAAAUUUAUCCAAGGAGGACAUUCCUCCCCCAGCACCCUGAAAUAUAUAUUUUAGAUUUAUCAGUUAUUUUUAAAGAACAAAUCAGCAAUGAAGUUGAGUGUUGGAAUAUUUUUUGGAGGCUUCUUUGGAGCUCUUGGGAUUUUGUUUUUUCUGGUUGCUUUUGGGACAGACUAUUGGCUUUUGGCUACAGAAGUUGGGAGGUGUUCUGAAGAUGUGAAUCGCACUAGGGAAGAGACGAUUAUGUUCCACCAUGAGGGUUUCUUCUGGAGAUGCUGGUUUGAUGGGAAGAUUGAUGAAAAUCCCAGCAGUAUGUUGAAGUUUUGGUACACGAACCAGUCACCUUCUAAAAACUGCACCCAUGCUUAUCUCUCUCCAUUUCCUUUCUUAAGAGAUUCCCAUAACUCAACCACCUAUAAUUCUGCAAUUAUUUAUCGUGGUUUCUGGUCAAUUUUCAUGCUCCUUGGAGUGGUCACUGUGGUGGUUGCUAGUUUCUUCAUCAUCUGUGCUGCACCUUUUGGUAGUCACAUCCUCUACAAAAUAGGAGGAGGUUUUUUCAUUGCUGCUGGCAUCCUAUUCUCCCUGGUGGUUGUACUGUAUGUUAUCUGGGUCCAAGCAGUGGCUGAUCUCAAAAACUAUGAAGCUCAGAAGAAAAUUGACUGUUCAAGUUAUUCCAUCUAUGUACGUUAUGGCUGGUCUUUUAUACUGGCUCCAGUUGGAAUAUUUUUUGCUAUGUUUUCUGGCAUGUUGUUCCUCCUGGUAGGACGUACGAUUUAUCUGCAUUCUGAUUAGUCGGGUAGCAGGUGCUUGAACUAUUAGUGUGUAGUGAAGUUGUAUAUUGUAUAUUGUAAUGUAUAUUGUCUACUCAAUAAUACUGGAAGUGUGACCUUAGGUUCAGUGAAGAUUGCUUCCCAGAAAUGUGCACAAGAGUUUUAGCCACUGUUUACAUGUUCUUGCUAUGAAGGACAUGAAAAUCCUUUCAGAAAUAGGAUCCUUUCAUAUUUCUUCAAAUCUUCCUGCACAAGCAAAUAUAUAAAAUAAUUAAUGUAAGUAUUAGGUGCUGGCUGCAGGCAAUUCAUUAUUGACAUUAACAACUUAAUGAAGGAACAUUUACAAUGAAACUACUACUGCCUUACACAAUGUAAGCCGCCCUGAGUCUUCAGAGAAGAGCGGGAUAUAAAUGUAAAUAAAAAAAAAGUCUUCUUUUCUUUCCUGCCCAAAUAUUUGCUGCUGGAAGUAAAGAAAAGGUUGUGAGGUCACCCUUCUCAAUUCAUCUACAAUGAAUUUUGUAUUCUGUUUUCAGAAAGAUUCCAAAUUUGAUGUCUUUAGCAAUAACACUUUAAUGUUAUAUAAUAAUAUAAUAAUGCUGAUUUCCAGAAACAGACAUAUUUUUAUUCAAAAUAGAUAUUCCCUAAAUUUUCCCUAUCAUCAAUAUUUUUUCCCAGUGUAAGGAUCUGUGUGCUUACGACAGCCAAUAAAUAAGAUCCAAUUAUUAAUUCGCCUUGUAGUCAAAUUGUAUCCUUCUCCUAGGCACAAACAAUGCAAAAUUAUAUGGGGAAAUCUAGAUGCAAACACCCACAUUGCUCCUGAAAGAAGGGCCAACUUUGAUCUCCUUAAGUCAUCUGAGAAGCAGUUUGAACUGUGCGUAGUCCUUCAUUAUAAUAUUGUUUGAAUUGGUCCUGCAACCUUACUGAACAAACAAGUAUUCCAUGCAAUGCUUACUCUAUUUGUUUUUGUUUCAGUUCUCAGUUUUACUAUGAGCAAGCAGUUUGGUUCGUAAAAAUAAUUAUCCAUGUAAUGCUUUAGCCAAUGUGUCAGAGAAAAGAUGAGAUCAGUGGAAGAAUGCUUUAGGUCUAUGUUAAGAUACUGUUCAGUAUAGAUGCAAUAAGUCCAUGUGGUCCAAAUCAUAAACAGCUUAUCCAAAGGAACUACAAAAGAUGAUGGGUAAAAGUUAUCUAGCUCAGCACCCAGCAGACAGCAACUAAUGUUGCUUACCUGGUCAUCAAAACAAUGCAUGAUACAAUGAUAAAUUAUUAUUUCAUUGUUACAUCAUGUUUUGGUGUCCAGUGAUGUUUAUAAUUUGAUCCAUUUGAUCAUAUUGUUUAAACUGUUGUCUGUCAAUCACCUUUUCAUAGUCCACCUGUUCUCUUACAACAUGCAUAGGAAGGGAGGGAGGGAGGGGGGGAGGAGGAAAGAAGGAAGGAAGGAAGGAAGGAGAUCUAUGAUGGAUAUGUAGAAAAGGUGUUCAUAUGGAAUGAAGAAUAAUGAUAUUAAAAAAACCUCAUAUAUUAUCACUUUACCACACACUUCCCAUGUUGAAGAAGCAAGAGCUCCAUUCUUAGCCAGGCCACAGUUGAUUCCAAUCAAUUUGGUUUCUGUCCCAGAUUGAUAAAAGCUACUGGCAAUCUACAAUCCGAGCAGGAUGACCAGCCUUACAUAUGGUGUCCUUUUUCUUCUGGUUUAGGAUUAUAGGCUUUCCCCAUAAUCCCUUAAUCCACUGUAAAACUGAAGUAUUGUGAGUAAUGUAAAGGGGGCAUUGAGGCCUGCUUCAUGUGUUGCUAUCAUCACCAGAAAAUGCAUGUCAAGAUUCAGUUAGAUGAGGAACGGCAGAGAGCAGGCAUUAGAAAUGUUACUUAUAUCUUUCAAGCCUGGAGCCACGUCUACAUUUCUCAAGUCUACUUUUGCUCCUUCUAUUUGUUAUCACUUUGCAAUCAUUCACUUUUUAAAAUUAAUACCAGGCUUUCAUUGGAAAACUUGUUUCACUCUCUAUUUUUGGCAAUAGCAAGAAAGGAUGUCUGUUUACAUCUGUUUCGCUAUAAUAUAAUCCCCUCUAUUGAUUUUCCUCCUUCUCCUCUUACCACAGUGGUUCAGGAUAGAAUUAAAGCCCACAUGAUUAUGUUCGAUAAAUAUUAAGUGUCCAUUUUUAUGGAACUUCUGUCUUUACCUUUCCAAAGCCUUCUCUGUUGUCUGAAUACUCUACACUACCUGCAUAUGAGGUAUACCUGUAUGCCUUGGAAUAUGACUACAUAGAGACUGGCUAGUUGUGGCAUCAUCUGCUCACCAGGAGAAAGUGAUUAGCAAUUGAAAUUAUGCCAAAUCUGCUUCUUGCAAAUAGGAGCAGAUUUCGAAGAUAAAAUUCUUAUCUCAUCAUUUGCGGCAACAUAUGAUAAUUGGAUUUCUUUAGAAAAAUACAUAUAUAUGUAUUUGACAUAUGUUUUCUAUGAAAAAAACUGCUGUAUAUGUUCCCUUUUUAAAAAAAUAAAAGUUAAUGAGGAAACUAUUUGUAUAAAGGAAGGGUUUUCUUUUCUUCUUGCUCUCUGUUUCUCUCCAAACGAUGGUGCUAAAUUUCAUUAUAUUACCAAAACAUAAAACUUGCUGUUUGCUUGAGUAUGCAUUUUACUAAUCUGGUUGUUAUACAUUUAUUCUACCUAUAGAUCUCAAAGCUGGUUAAAUGUUCCAGACUAUUUCCCAUUCAACUAGGAAAACAGGCAAACUUCCUUAUCUGAAUUGUUUUUAGAUCCAUUUGCCUUUGGAUUAUGGUAUUCUGACUCAUUCAAUACAUUUGAUAGAAGUGACCUUAUCUAGACAUCUUCCUACCAUUCCUUCAGCCUUCUGAUUUGUUUGGUCUCUUUAGGAUUUUUCAUUAAUAUUAAUUUAUUCUUUUGCUCCUGGUAAUUUUUUUCACUAACAUUUUUAUAGACUUCUUGUAAAAGCAUAGCUGGCUCAGGAAUUCUGGGAGUUGAAGUCCACAAGUCAUAAAG